AGCAAAGUCCAAAACAUUAUAGGCCUACAAUAUGGGCCUUGGUGUAUAUGCAUAUUAAUAGAAGGAACGCCUAUCCAUACAGUGUCACUUGCAUGGGGUUCACGAUACUGUGUCGGUAUAGAAUGAAUAUUUUCAGCAAACACAGCCUUGCAUAGAAAACCUUAAGAUUAUAUCAAGCCUAUACUCCUUGUGACAACAUAAAGUAAAAGGAUGCCGCUUGUGGUUUUCAUAACGGGGUGCUCGUCUGGCAUCGGGCUGGCUUCAGCUGUAACACUCGCUAAAGAUCCAUCCAAACGGUUUCUAGUUUAUGCUACAAUACUAAAGGCCUUUGAAGAAGAAACACGAUUUCAAGAAGCCGUUGAUGGAAAGCAGAUUCUGGAUCAGACGUUGUUUCCGGUCCAGAUGGAUAUCACCAACGAUGAGUCAGUAAGGGAUGCAGUUGCCACGGUGAUGAAGCAACAAGGGCGGAUAGAUAUUCUUGUGAACAACGCAGGUGUUGCGAUGGUAAACGUUUCAGAGACGGCUUCAGUUGAACAAGCCAAGAAAUUAUUCGACAUCAAUUUCUUCGGUAACUUCCGUGUCACAAAGGAAAUACUUCCGGGGAUGAAGAAACAGAGGUCCGGUCGCAUUAUCAACAUUUCAAGUAACAAUGGAAUAUUUUGUAACCCUUACUUGGGAUUAUAUGCAGCAACUAAGCAAGCUAUUGAAGCUUUCAGUCAGGAGACAGCUAUUAUCGGUCGCUUCUUCGACAUAUGGGUUAGUGUUAUUGAGCCUGGUCCCGUCGACACCCCUAUCCGACAGACGAUAAUAUCCAGUGGGAUGGGGGGUGUGGAACAUAUCGCACAGACUCCAGACAUCGAUGACCUCGAUAAACACCUAGCCAGGUACUUCGAAGUCGAGAGCGAGUACCACGGUCAUCCGAUGCAACAGCCUGAGGAAAUCGCUGAGAUCGUCAUCGAAGCGGCCACCGCAGAGAAACCCCAUUUUAGAUACCAAUCAUCAAAGGCCGUGGAAGAUACUGCGAAAGAGAUAUUCAUUGAUGUAACAGGAGAUUCUUAUAUCGAUUCCAGAGCAAGUAAAUUGAAGUCUUGCACCGAUAAAAUCUGCACAAGUCCACCCCAACAAAAAGUCGAUAUGAAUAAAAAGAUAAAUAUCCAACAAUCAUAACACAGAAAUUUCAU